UGAGCACCAGCCCAAGACGAUGAUGUUCAAUGCUCCCGCACACCUCCAGAAGCUGGGAGAGAACAAAAGCACCGGAAUCGGUCUCUGACAACAGCUGGGACUGAAAUGCAAAAGACCCAAGAAGCUUGGCCACAGCCACGCCGGUCAGUCAGCGGUGGAGCGGACACCACAUUCUGGCAUCUGGCCCUCCCCAGCCGGUGCUUUUCCUUCUCUAGGCUUGUAGCCUCAAAGAGGCUGACUCUUCCCCAAGGAUAUCAGGUGCACUGUAAGCCACAGAUACCUGCUCCGCUGGACAAGCCUUCAUCAUGGAAAGAAAGCUCCUAAAGAAGGAAAUGAAAAAGCUCCUGGGAGAUUAUAUUGGCAUCAGACUUCGGGAAAAUGAAUUUGACCCAAAAGGAAGAAGGCAACUCACCUUUCUAGAUGAUAUGGCGCACUAUGACUUGGCCAUCAAUGUUGCUUUGCAAUGGCUGGAUCACUCAGAAGACUUCACUUGGCUGGAGUGGGAGAACGUGAAAAUGCCAUUUCAUGGCAGACCCACAUAUCCAAACCGGAAAGAAAGAGAAGCAAUGAUUUUAUCAUCUUACGCUGGAAUCUUAAUGAACAGCACCCCAGUUGAGGAAGUCUUUAAAAUGUAUGGAGCUGAUUCUUCUACCAAUUCUGGGGCCACUAAGGUUCCCCGAGCCCCUGCUUUCCGCCUCUCCUUGCACCCCUUUGCCAUGUUAACAGCACCCAAAGCGGCAGAAUAUGCCCGCAAACAGGGUGUCAAGUUUAGAAGGGGAGCAACAAACAGAAAUGCCACCAGCAGCUCUGCAAGGGAAGUAACGGUCGCAGCAUGGAAAUCACCAAAAAAGUCAUCUUUGGACAUCCAGUCAAAGAACAAAGUAGGUCUAAGCUAAAUGUAUCCUUAUCGUAACAAAUUGGACCAAACUGAUAAAGAGUGCUUGGGGAGUACUUUAUUUAUAUUGUGGUUAAAAGUCCAGCCUUUGGAGUCAGAUGCUGUGGGUCUGAAUCUAAAGCCACUCUUUACUGUAUGAAGCUGUGUGACUUCAGGCAAGCUACUUAACUUCUCUGUGCCUUCAUUUGCUCCUCCAUAAAAAUGGUAAAAUAAGGCUACCUACUGUCCAGGUUGUUGGAAUAAAUAACUGGAAUUAUGCAUUUUAAGAGUGCUUAGUGCAGAGUAAACCCUAAAUAAAUACUAACCAUUAUUCUCUUAUAGCAUUUAAGAAAUAUUAUUCACAAAUUUAUAAUUUAUUGUUAUUCUUUGAUUCAAGUAAAUGUGCUGAGGAGAUUUAUAUGAAUGCUUGUGUCCUAAAUGUUUCUCUUCUUGGUCCGUUUCUCAUUAAUGAAAUGUAACCUUUGCCUGC